AUGGACCUUCCAGAGACAGUGCGCGUCUCGGCGGCGACGCGGGAGCUGAUCGAGAGGCGAGAGGCUCUUCAGGACGUGGGAGAGCAGCCGCAUGGGCUCACCCUGCGCAGCUCCGGCGAGGAACCUCCCGCGUUCUCUGUGCAGCUCGACAGCCAUCCGAUUUCUGCCCGGUGCGAGGUCGCGCCGGAAGGCCGUCGCGGUGUCGUUCGAUUCGUGGGCUGCCCUGGAGGAGUCCCGAGGCCACUGGUGGCGGUGGAGUUGGACUCGCCUCAGGGCGAGGAUGUCCAAGAGGGUGGCUGUUGGCUGGAUGGUGUGGAAUACUUCGUUCCCUCUCGACCCACUGCGCCGGUGGUGUGGAAGACGCCCAAAGACGUGGUCUGCGGCAACUUUCCGGAGCUCGAUCCAUUUGCAGAUCUUGAUUCCGACAGCGACCAGCCGUGA